UUAUUCUCCUCUCUCCUCCACAAUGCCUCCCCAAACUUUUCUCACUUUCUUCUUCUUCCUUCUCCUAUCUUGCAACACCAUCACUUCUUUAACAUCAUCAUCAUCACAAAAUGAUGACACUUUCGAUUUUGUUCGUCCUCUAAAUCCCAAGUUGUUAGGCUUAAACAAGAAGCAAAAGCUAAGUCAUUUAAGAUUCUAUUGGCAUGACAUAAUGAAUGGAAAAAACCCAACAUCAAUUAUGGUUGUUCCACCAACCUUAAACUCGACCACUUUUUUUGGUUCAGUUCACAUGAUUGACAACCCUUUGACUUUAGGACCAGAAUUGAGUUCGAAACUUGUUGGAAAAGCUCAAGGCUUCUAUGCAUCUGCUUCACAAGAGGAGAUUGCUUUCCUUAAUGGCAUGAAUUUUGUUUUCAUUGAAGGAAAGUAUAAUGGAAGUAGUAUCACUAUUUUGGGGAGGAACCCUAUUUAUGAUAAGGUUAGAGAGAUGCCUGUUGUUGGUGGGAGUGGAGUUUUCAGAUUUGCUAGGGGCUAUGCUCAAGAUACUACUUACUCGUUGGAUCCUAAAACUUUUGAUGCUGUUGUUGAGUACAAUGUUUAUGUUUUUCACUAUUGAUUUAAUGUUUGAUUUUAAGGUUUGUGUUUGUGUUGGAUUUGGAAUUAGUGUGAUUAUUAGUUUGAUCAAUUUGUAGUUGUAAGCAAUUGGUAGGUUUGCUUGUGAAGCUUGGAUUUCAUGAUGCUCAAAAUUCAUGUACUCUUUGUAUUUUAUUUAUAGAAAAGUUU